AUGCAGGUACCGUUGAAUAGUAGUCCGUUUCCUCCGCUGAGGCCCAAUGUCCGCUAUCGCACAGCCAUGGAACGCGCUGGUUUUGAUGUUGCGUUCUCGAAGACAUCUGGUUCCAGUACGUCCAAGAGCGGUUCAAGAAAUACCUCGAGGGUUGCUUCUGGUGUGAGCCAGACGAAACAUCCUGAAUUUAUACCGGGAACUGGUUUGCAUUCUAAUUCAAAUUCAAAUUCGAAUUCCACUUCUAAUGUCAACUCCAGUACAAAUUUGAGUACGCGCUCAAAGGUGUUUGCGACGAAACUGAACAAGGCCUCGCACAGUACUAGUUCUGUGAACCAGACGUUCUAUAAGUUGAAUGGCCAUAACGAUUCUGGAACAGUGAUGAGUAAUGAAUCAGGAUCUGACCGUGGGUCUGGAUCCCAUUCACAUUUCGAUUUCGAUGUGUUAAAACCCGGAGUAUCGGCGAGCUCGCCGAAUUUAACCACAGGUGGCAGUGGAUUCCCCUUCACUUCUGGACCUGCUGUUGGUUCCUAUACUGCACAGAGCAAUUCCUCGUCUACUUAUAAUACGCCGCAAAUGGGUGACUCUGGAGAACAGUUUCCACCAGGUAUCGAUCCUGUGGAACAAUCGUUCAUGCAAUUGACAGAAAACUCAAGUGUGAAAAGAGACAGUCAGGAUGACGGGGAUAACCUUCGGGAUAGUUAUCAUUCUUCCGUUGAUGAUGCCGAUGUGAGCAAUCAUAUCAGUGUGAAUUUUGCUCCAAAUAGUGCUUUGAGUAAAGCACUGCUCCAUGAUGAGCCGGAACCAGCUUUGAUCCCAAAUAUUUUGGUCAGUGAAACUUCAGAUGUGCAUGAUCUACCUCCAGUACCAGUAGUCUCGAUACAGGCACCAGAGGAGCCAAUGGAUUCAGAGGUACCAGAAGAAGUUGACGAAGAAGAAAUUAAUCCGUUGUAUCCUAACAAUGACCUCAAACAAAUUGAGCAGAUACCGUCAGUCGUCGUUGAACCUGAAAUCGUGUCUAAAUCAGCUGAACCUGAGCUUAACUCUCCGGACGGUAAACUUACUGCAAUGGAGAAACUGAUUGCAGAAUUGGACACCGUGACUUUGACGAGAAAUAAAGGGUUAACUCCAGACCAAGAGUUGUCAUUGGAACUAGGUACAAAACAAACCCAUUUAAAAAAAUCAAGCGCAUAUUUAUCCCAUUACGAACCCCAGAUGAUAAAUAUUCCAGAAAUGCAACGCCCUGACGAGGAAGGCACCUUAAUGUCCCUACAAAGUAAUUCUACUCCAACUUUUUACAAUUUCCAUAAAGAAUCUCACGAGCCAAUCCAAACACCUCCAGAGAAGAUACGAGACUCCUUACCAAGACAACAGGAGUUACACGAACAAACUCCGAUGGAAGUAUACCCACCGGGCCACGGACCAUGUCGUAACUGUCACAAAGAAGUCGUCGGAAAAGGUAUCUAUUCAAAACACGAAAACGAGUUGUCUGGGCAGUGGCACCGUGGAUGUUUCAAAUGUAUCACUUGUUCCAAACCAUUCUCGAAGAGAGUCCCCUGCUACAUCCUAGACGACCAACCUUAUUGCCAAUUACACUUUCAUGAGAAGAAUAACUCUAUAUGCAAAGUGUGCAACGGAUUCAUCGAAGGUGAGUGUCUAGAGAACGACAAGAACGAACGGUUCCAUCCAUCAUGUUUGAAAUGUUACAUAUGCGCAAAGGUCAUCGGACAAGACUACUACGUAUUUAACCACGAACACACGAUCUGCAACAGGCACGAUAUUAACACAUUAAAGGAGACCGGAGUAUCGUCCUUACCAGCAGAUCAGAGAAGAUCGAACACCAUCUCUAGGAGGAGAACCAGACUGAUAAAUUUCUCCUGA